AGCGAAGCCACCCGUCCGGUCAGAAGUAGAGAGAGAGUCGCUUCAUGCUUCGCACAUGUCCACAAGUAGUACAAGCCAGACUCCAAAGCCGAUUUACAUCGUCUGAACAAAACAAAGCAUUUGCCCUAACAUUAUGCAAACCGCCUAAAGUUGUGCACUCCACUUGAACUGAAACAUGUCGUCGUUUGUCUUUGGCCGGACGAAGCUGCGCUGACAGCGGACUGCGCGGGUAAACGAGGCUGAAUGUGACGGCUCGUCGCGUCGGUGAAUGAAGAAGCACCAGCCGUUCGCUUCGAAGCAAAACACGUCCGAACAUGGCUGACAGAACAGCUCCCAACUGUCGCCUACGACUCGAGUGGGUCUACGGCUACCGGGGACACCAGUGCCGCAACAACCUGUACUACACCGCCGCCAAGGAGAUCGUGUACUUUGUCGCCGGCGUCGGAGUUGUGUACAACACACGGGAACACAAGCAGAAAUUUUAUUUGGGACAUAACGAUGACAUAAUCAGUUUAGCCCUGCAUCCAGAGCGAGUGCUGGUGGCCACAGGACAGGUUGGAAAGGAGCCGUAUAUCUGUGUGUGGGACUCAUAUACUGUGCAGACAGUGUCCAUAUUGAAAGACAUGCACACACACGGUAUCUCCUGUCUUGCCUUCGACCUUGAUGGACAGGUGAGUAUAUUUGACAUAUCAUGGGACCUGUAUCAGCAAAGCAAGCUAGUGAGCUGUGGAGUCAAACAUAUCAAGUUUUGGAGUCUUUGUGGGAACGCUCUGACCCCUAAGCGUGGCGUGUUUGGGAAGAAUGGAGACCUUCAGACUAUCCUCUGCCUGGCCUGUGCGAAAGACGAGAUCACAUAUUCAGGUGCCUUGAAUGGAGACAUCUAUGUCUGGAAGGGAAUCAGUUUAAUCCGGACAGUUCAAGGGGCUCAUGGGUCUGGUAUUUUCAGCAUGAAUGCAUGUGAAGAAGGCUUUGCCACUGGAGGCAGGGAUGGCUGCAUCCGGUUAUGGGACCUGAACUUCAAACCCAUCACCGUCAUUGACCUCAGGGAAACAGACCAGGGAUAUAAGGUAGCUAGAGGUGAAAAUUCAAGAGGCCUGUCAGUGCGGAGCGUGUGCUGGAGAGGGGAUCACAUUCUGGUGGGCACGCAGGACAGUGAGAUUUUUGAGGUGGUGGUGCACGAUCGCACCAAGCCCUUCCUUAUCAUGCAGGGUCAUUGUGAGGGUGAGCUGUGGGCCUUGGCGGUUCAUCCUACCAAACCUCUUGCCAUGACCGGCAGUGACGAUCGCUCUGUUCGGAUCUGGAGUCUGGUAGAUCACGCGCUAAUAGCACGCUGCAACAUGGAGGAGCCUAUACGCUGUGCUGCUGUUAGUACGGAUGGUAUCCACCUCGCUCUGGGAAUGAAAGACGGAUCCUUCACAGUGCUGAGAGUCAGGGAUAUGACUGAGGUGGUCCACAUUAAGGACCGUAAAGAGGCCAUCCAUGAACUGAAGUAUUCUCCUGACGGAGCGCACCUAGCUGUGGGCUCUAACGAUAACUCGGUGGACAUCUACGGCGUUGUGCAGCGCUAUAAGAAGGCGGGCGAAUGCGUGGGCUCCAGCAGCUUCAUCACACACAUGGAUUGGUCCACUGACAGCAAGUAUCUACAGACCAAUGACGGCAAUGGUCGGCGGCUCUUCUACAGGAUGCCCAGUGGCAAGGAAGUGACCAACAGAGAAGAACUGAAGCUUGUCCAGUGGUCUUCAUGGACUUGUGUCCUCGGGUCGGAGGUGAACGGGAUCUGGCCUAAAUACUCUGAUAUCAAUGACAUCAACUCUGUAGAAGCCAACUUCAAUAGUCAAGUUUUAGUUACAGCAGACGAUUAUGGAUUAGUUAAAUUGUUUCGGUACCCAUGUGUAAGAAAAGGUGCUAAGUUUAAAAAGUAUUUAGGACACUCAGCACACAUAACCAAUGUCAGAUGGUCACAUGAUUAUCAAUGGGUGAUUACUAUUGGUGGAGCCGACCACUCAGUGUUCCAGUGGAAGUUUGUCCCUGAAAGGAAGUCAAAAGAAACUCUUCAUUUAGCUCCUCAAGAGACAUUAGUAGACUCGCACAGCGAGGAAUCCGACUCGGAUCAGUCAGACGUGCCUGAGAUGGACUCUGAAAUUGAACAGGAAACACAACUUACUUACCGACGACAGGUUUACAAAGAAGAUCUACCUCAGCUCAAAGAGCAGUGUAAGGAGAAGCAUCGUGCCAUGGCUAUGAAGAAAAGGGAACGAGCUCCAGCCAGUGGAUUGAGGUUGCACUUUAUUCAUGGUUACAGAGGUUAUGACUGCAGAAGUAACCUCUUCUACACUCAGACCGGUGAGAUUGUGUAUCAUGUGGCGGCUGUGGGAGUGGUGUACAACAGACAGCAGAACACACAGCGCUUUUACCUGGGCCAUGAUGAUGACAUCCUCUGCCUGGCCAUCCACCCCAUCAAAGACUAUGUAGCCACAGGCCAGGUGGGCCGUGACUCUUCUAUUCAUGUAUGGGAAACAGAGUUUUUGAAGCCAUUGUCUGUUCUUAAAGGAUUCCACCAGUUUGGGGUCUGUGCACUUGACUUCUCAGGUAUGCAGGGAAGUAAAGACAAAAUAUUUGUCAUUAAAGUCAACCCGUACAUGCCAGACAAACUGAUAACCGCUGGAGUGAAACACAUGAAGUUUUGGCAUAGAGCAGGUGGUGGACUGAUUGGGAAGAAGGGCAGCAUGGGAAAAACUGAAACCAUGAUGUGUGCAGUGUACGGCUGGACGGAAGAAAUGGUGUUCUCAGGAACCUGCACGGGAGACAUCUGCAUCUGGAGAGAUAUGUUCCUGGUGAAAACCGUCAAAGCUCAUGAUGGGCCGGUGUUUAGCAUGCACGCCCUGGAGAAGGGUUUUGUGACUGGUGGAAAGGAUGGAAUAGUGGCUUUGUGGGACGACACGUUUGAGAGAUGCCUCAAGACGUAUGCCAUAAAACGAGCGGUGCUGGCCCCAGGCUCCAAAGGUUUGCUUUUAGAGGACAACCCCUCCAUUCGUGCCAUAUCUUUGGGUCAUGGGCAUAUUCUUGUAGGAACAAAGAACGGAGAGAUUCUGGAGGUGGAAAAAAAUGGGCCCAUAACUCUUCUGGUUCAGGUAAAGCACAGAUUCAGCUGUGGGCGAUGUUGCUGCUUCUCUCCAGAUGGGAAAUCUCUAGCUGUGGGUCUCAAUGAUGGCAGCUUCCUCAUCGUCAACGCCGAAACUCUAGAAGACCUGGUGUCAUUUCAUCACCGCAAAGACAUCAUAUCAGACAUCCGCUUCUCUCCUGUAACAGGCAAGUAUUUGGCUGUGGCAUCAGGUGACAGCUUAGUGGAUAUUUACAACGUGAUGAGCAGCAAGAGGGUUGGUGUGUGCAAAGGCUCCAUGAACUACAUCACCCAUCUGGACUGGGACAAGAGAGGGAAGCUUUUGCAGGUCAACACAUCAGCAAAGGAGCAGCUAUUUUUUGAGGCCCCUCGUGGAAAGAAGCAAACAAUUCCUGCUACAGAGGUGGACAAGAUCGACUGGAGCACAUGGACGUGUGUGCUUGGAAGUUCCUGUGAGGGAAUCUGGCCUGCGGUCAGUGAAGUUACUGAAGUUACUUCCGCAUGUCUUAGCAAUGACAGGAAGUUGCUAGCUACUGGGGAUGAUCUUGGAUAUGUCAAGCUCUUCAAAUAUCCAGUCAAGGGGAAAUAUGCAAAGUUUAAGCAGUACAUGGCCCACAGUACCCAUGUGACUAAUGUGCGCUGGUCGCAUGACGACUCUUUGCUGGCGUCGGUCGGUGGCUUUGACACCUGUCUGAUGAUCUGGAGCCAUGAGACCGAGGGCCGCCGAGAGGCCAGACAGUGUGACAGCGAGGAGUCAGACAUCGAGAGCGAAGAUGAUGGAGGGUAUGACAGCGAUGUAACUCGGGAGAAUGAGAUCAUCUAUGUAAUCAAGGCCUUAUCCACAAACGUGCGACCCAUGACGGGGGUCAAACCCCUUUUACAACUGAAGGAGCCGUCGGUAGAUGAAAGGCAGGGCGUAGUCAGUGUCCCUGUGUUGUGCUUCUUUGUUUUCUGGAGCACUCGAUGGAACUGCUCAACUGACACACUUCUAAUGUUUUCUCUCUCUGUUAAUGCUGCUUUUAAAGGGGCUCAAGUGAAACCUGAAAUUAGUGCAGGUUUGUUUUCUUUUCAGAAUAACUUGACAUUUACAGGUACCAUUAGUGGAGAUGUGUGUGUGUGGAAGGAACACAUUCUAGUGAGAAUCGUGGCUAAGGCUCACACUGGACCUGUGUUCACCAUGUACACCACAUUACGUGACGGGCUCAUUGUGACGGGGGGCAAAGAACGACCGUCUAAGGAGGGUGGUGCGCUCAAACUGUGGGAUCAGGAGUUGAAGCGAUGCAGAGCCUUCAGACUGGAGACGGGCCAGAUCAUAGACUGUGUGCGCUCUGUCUGCAGGGGCAAGGGGAAGAUUCUCGUAGGCACUCGGAAUGCUGAGAUCAUUGAGGUUGGUGAGAAGAAUGCAGCGUGUAAUAUUCUGGUGAACGGCCACAUGGAUGGUCCUAUCUGGGGACUGGGAGCUCACCCCACCCGAGACGUCUUCCUGUCUGCUGCUGAGGACGGCACUGUGCGCCUCUGGGACAUUUCAGAGAGGAAGAUGCUGAAUAAAGUAAACCUCGGUCAUCCUGCACGUGCGGUCAGCUACAGCCCAGAGGGCGACAUGGUGGCCAUCGGCAUGAAGAAUGGAGAGUUCAUCAUCCUCCUUGUUACCUCACUCAAGAUCUGGGGGAAGAAGAGAGAUCAGCGCUCUGCCAUACAAGAUAUCAGGUUCAGUCCAGACUCACGCUACCUGGCUGUGGGUUCCAGUGAGAAUGCAGUAGAUUUUUACGACCUGACGUUAGGACCGCAGCUCAACCGCAUCAACUGCUGCAGGGACAUCCCUAGCUUUGUCAUGCAGAUGGAUUUUUCUGCUGACAGCUGCUAUGUGCAGUUGUCUACUGGUGCUUAUAAACGUGUAGUCUAUGAGGUGCCUUCUGGGAAGCAAGUCACUGAGCAAGCAGUGAUAGACAGAAUAACCUGGGCCACAUGGACAAGUGUCCUCGGGGAUGAGGUGGUGGGGAUCUGGUCCAGGAACACAGAUAAGGCAGAUGUAACCUGUACUUGUGUGUCUCACUCCGGCCUCAACAUCGUCACAGGCGAUGACUUUGGAAUGGUGAAGCUGUUUGACUUUCCGUGUCCAGAGAAAUUUGCCAAACACAAGCGUUUUCUGGGCCACUCUGCCCACCUGACCAACAUCCGCUUCACCAGUGGGGAUCGCUUUGUCGUCAGCGCCGGAGGCGAUGAUAGAAGUCUGUUUGUAUGGCGGUGUGUUCACGCUCCUCACUGAGGGCAUGCAGUCUCCUCUCCUCUGCCUCAAAACCAUCACAAGCCCAGCUGACAGCACGAGUGAACUGAC